CCGUAGAGGCGAAUAAUUCCCCAAAUACACUUCAGGAAUGGCCAGGGUAGGAAGUGUUCUUGAUGGGGGGUGAGUGAGGGAAGGAGGAGAGAGGUGUGAGUGAGGUGAGUGUAGUGAGAAUAAGGGACAAACUCAGCCUGAAGUGGUGAAGUGAGGGAGGUGCGCCGGGAUCUGGCCCCCCCUGACACCCUUCACGCAUUCCUCCACCACUAACUAACUCUCUCUUACACUCUCCUUUAUAAUACCCUUUUUCUCUACACCCUGGGCUGUGUAGCUCGCCGAGGAGUGCCUGUUAGGACACUGUGUGUUGCAGGUAUCUGAUAGUGUGGUGAGAGGGAGGGUAAAUGACCGUGUGCACCGCUAAAAGUGACAAGUGUGACUGGCACUCACCAGCAGCUCAACUUAACCUUGUCACCUCCUGCAAACACCAUCAGGCUCGUUGAGGCAGUUACAUGCUUCUUUAAGAAACCACUGACCUACAAGCAGCUAAAUUAUACUUCAUUUUUAAGUGGAUGUGAUUUGGACCUGACUGGCUUAAGCCAGUGGGUGAAUUGGACCUGCCUAGUAUGGGCCAGUAGGCCUGCUGCAGUGCUCCUUCUGAUGUUCUUAUAAGCUCAUUUUGGGCAACUGCAAACCUACGGGAAACUACAAAUCUUGCAACUACAGCCUUCUUCAGUGAUAAUUGCAAGCACCUACCAAUAAUGACAGGUAACGACCUGUAAUUAGAGGCAAUUAUAACAUAUAGCCAACUACAGACCUAGUAACUACAGUUUUCUUUAGGAAGCUACAAAUUCACAGAUAACUGCACCACUACUAGCAACUACAGGCUACAUUAGAGAACUACAGACCUGGGAACUACAAGCAACUACACAGACCUACAAGUAACCGCAACUUUCUACAAGUAACUACAGACCUUCUAACUACAGGCUUCUACAGUCAACUGAAUUCUUCAAGAAAAGUACAGGCUCUUAAUAGACAACUGCAGAAAACUAUUAAUGUUGGUAGCAAUAACUUGUACCUAAUAUACAGGAAACUAUAGGCUCCUACAAGCAACUACAGCAUCUACAAACAACUACAGACUUUCACAGGCAACUACAGGAAUGACCCUAUGGCUCCCACUGCUAAAGCUGAUAUAGAAAUAAAGGAGAAUAGUAACACUAUUCUUUUCAAUGAAUCGAAAGCGGAACUCUUCAAACUAAGCGAUGGAUACAAGACACUUCAUCGUAAAUUAAAGGCUCAGUGGAAAGUUCUCAGUAAUCGUGAUGACUUGACCAAGGAAAAUUUGGGUCAAGCAGGAGUAAUUGUUUUUGCUUGCCCUCGGCAAAGACUAACAGAAGUCCAGUUUGCUAUCUUGAGGCACCAUGUGGAUGAAGGGGGAAGCCUUUUUGUCAUGGCUGAGGAAGGAGGAGAAAAGAAGGCUAAUACAAAUAUUAAUUUUCUUUUAGAAGAGUAUGGCAUUGCUGUGAACAAUGAUUCGGUGGUGCGGACAUGCUACUACAAAUACUUUCAUCCCAAAGAAUGCCUUAUUACCAAUGGAAUCCUUAACAGGGCUAUUUUGGAGGCCUCAGGAAAGAAUAUUCCCGGCUUACUCCUUGAUGACACACUCUCGGGCAGGUCGAUGUCAUUCAUAUAUCCAUUUGGGGCUACCCUCAAUGUUGCUCGUCCUGCUGUUGCUGUGCUGUCCACAGGCAGUAUUUCUUUUCCUCUUAACAGACCAGUGUGUGCCUUUUAUGAGCACCCGAGAAGUCACGGCCGCGUGGCAGUAUUAGGUUCGGCACAUAUGUUCACUGACCAUUAUAUCGAUCGUGAAGAAAACAGCAAAAUUAAGGAUGUGAUAUUCCAGUUUCUCACAGCUAAAGAUUUCAAGCUAAAUCAGAUUGACGCUGAUGAUCCUGAGAUUUCUGAUUACAACAUGACACCAGAUACUGCAUCACUUGCUGAGAGUCUUCGCACCUGCCUUCAGGAGUCGGAAGAAGUACCAACAGAUUUUACACAGCUCUUUCAUACACAAUUAACUUCAAUAGACAUGCAGUUAGUCCCAGCAUCAAUAGAGUCAUAUAAUAAACUCAACGUGAAACAUGAACCUCUACGUCUCAUCACUCCACAGUUUGAAACACCUUUGCCUCCACUACAACCUGCUGUAUUUCCUCCAUCAUUCCGUGAAUUGCCACACCCUGCGUUAGAGCUGUUCGACUUAGACGAAGCAUUUAGCUCAGAAAAGUCCAGGCUAGCACAGGUAACCAACAAAUGUAAGGAUGAAGAUUUGGAAUAUUAUAUACGUGAAUGUGGAGAUAUUCUUGGCGUGACCUCUACGCUUCCACCUACAUCAAGGGAUGCCAAAUAUAUACUUGAGUAUAUAUUCACUCAACUUGUGGAGUUCAAGAAGUUAAAUCAGGAUCCUGACACAUUCAGCAGACCAAGGUCCGAGAUGGAUGAUGAUCCAUGAAAACGAAGACACACCAUUUGCUGAUUUGAAUACUGCCAAGAGUACUGUACAGUAAUUAUAAUUUUAUGUCAUUACUGUAAUUUGUACAAUGUAAUGCUUAGUACACCUCCAGCAUUACUAUUAUCAGUAUUCAAGAAGUAGACCAAAAUGUGUCUUUGAUUUGUUUAUUGGGGAUAUUGUACAGAAAAACUAAAUAAAUAGUUACAUCUCAAUACUGAGUGUAAAACUGAAGGGUCAUGUAAAUCCCACAUUAAGGUUCUGUAAAGAUUACAUUUUUAUAAUAAUAUUAAUCAUCUUUAUUUCUAUAAGUACAUGUACAACUUAUACAGACCUAGCUGACAUCAGUGACAAUAUAGAAAGCCCCUUGUUAUGCAGAGGCAUUUUGGGCAAAUUAAGUCAAUUCUGUCCCCAGGAUGCAACCCACACCAGUCUACUAGCAUCCAGGUAUCUAUUUUACUGCUAGGUGAAUAGGGGCAACAGGUGUGUUAACAUGCCCUAAUGUUUCCACCUGUACUGGGGAUCAAACCACAAACCUUAAUGUGCAAGCUGAGUGCACUAGCAAUUGAACUACGGGAUAAUGUGUGGGAGGAUCUGAAAUUUUAUUUCCCAUGUAUGGAAAUCUUCUUUUAACAAACUGGUCGUAUCCCACCAAGGCAGGGUGACCCAAAAAGAAAAACGAAAGUUUCUCUUUUUAACUUUAGUAAUUUAUACAGAAGGGGUUACUUACCCUUUUCUCCUGGCAUUUUAGUCGCCUCUUACAACACGCAUGGCUUACGGAAGAAGAAUAUGCAUGGAGAUAUUGUGGAAAAAAAUGUCUGAAGGAACACAUCUACAUUUGUUCUGUAAUACGGUGACCAGAACUGUGCAGCAUAAUUUAAAUUAGGCCCAAGUGCUGGUUAUUUGUGCAUAAAUGAUAUCAUUUGAAUUUCUUCAGGUAUACUGGGUUAAAAAAUGCAUGCCCUCCCAAGACCAUUGUAAAAAAAUACGUAUGUAUAUGUUAUGCACACAAAAACUAAAUACUAACCCAAUUAUUUAUAUAGAUGCAGAGUGACAAAUCACAUAGAAUAUUUACAUAUGGUGAAGAAACACUAUUACCCAUGAUGCACUGCAGGUACCUACCUGCCUGACCCUACAUUUUUUUCCUAAAAUAUCAGAAGGUGACAAAUUUGAAGGCACAAAAAAUACACAUGUAUAUACAUCACUCACAGUUUUGUCCCUUUUAUUAUAUAUCAGGCCACCCUACCUUAGUGAGAAAUGGCCGAUGUGUUAAUAAAAUAUAUACGUAUAUAUAUAUACACCUACCAUCCGACUUACGACCGAGUUCGGUUCCGAGAAACCGGUCGUAAGUCGAAAUGGUCGUAAGUCGAACUUUACUACUGAAUAUCAACAAAACAUUUUUGUAAUGACUUUAUUUUAUUGUUUUAUUUUGGUAUUUCAUGUUUUACUUUACUUUUUAUGCUGUUAGUACUGUAUUUUAUACUGUAAGGUUUAGGAUAAACACUGUGUACAACACAAAUAGUUGUUUAUUUCCCAGAAAUUUGGCAUAAAAAACACGGUCGUAAGUCGAGUGGUCGUAAGUCAAGCAGGUCGUAAGUCGGAUGGUAGGUGUACAUCACUCACAGUUUAAAAGUUAAACCAAACUUAUUUUGGCACAUACUGUAGGUAAACUCUUACUGUAUGUAUAAUGGUAUGAAAAGUGAUUAUCAGUUGCGUAUGAUGGUUAUUGUCACAGGGUGUGCACCAUGCUGCCUUGUGGUAGCACGGUGAGGUGUGCAGUGCUAUCUGAGAACAACUGCCAAAAUAUUGUACAAGAAAGGUAUACAAUACUGACAAGAUGAAAGUUAAGAAACAUAAAGAUAACCAGAUGUUGCACAUGUGUCUUAAAUGUCACAAUAUUUCAUAACAGGGGACAGAAAAAAUAGAUUCCCAUUAUGAUCCAUGAUUAUAUUACUGAGUGAGUUUAAUAUCUAUGAUAAAUUUACCAUCUUUGGUUGGUGCGCAGUGCUCACCUAGCACACCCAGAAUAUACAUCCCUGGUGAUUAUUCAGGUUUUCAGUGGUGAUAUACUAUGUGAUUUUACUUACUUUUGUGAGAAUUAAAUGUUAGAGUAAUAUUCAUUUGAAAAUAUAACUAUAAGUGAAUUGAAUUUAAUAAAAAUUAAAUACAAUAUAUAGUUAUGUUGUUGCAACAAACAGAUAUUGUACAAGUUAUUUUAUAAAUACAGUACUGACUGUCUGUUGUUAGUCAUGUUACCAAACUGGCUGUAAAUUGUUCAAAAACAGAGUUUGAAAUUAUUUUUGCAUUCAGUUUGUGUAUACAAAUACUGUAUGUAUAUCCUUUUGCUUACACAUGACUGUUAUCAUAUAUCAGUAUAGUGUUUGACUAUAAUGACACGAUCUAUAUAUUUAUAACGCACGUAUUUUUAUGUAUGAUUAGUAGAUUGAAUAAAAUAUAUUAAAACAAAAA